CCCAAUUUUCUUCGAAGAAAGAGAAAGAAAGGCCACAGAGACACAGAACCAAAGGACAGAUUUUUUCUUGAUCUUCAUCUCCAUUCUCCCUUUUUUUUCUCAAUCUGUGGCUAAUUGUCCCUCAUUUACUUCUCCGAUCCUCACUGCUUAAAAGGGUAUUCAUAGAUUUUUCGGUGACCUGUCGGUUCUUUUUCUGCGACUUCCGUCGGUUCCGAUCAAACCUCGUGUUGAUAAUUGCUGGAAAGGGAACAAGCAGAGGGAGAUUGUAAAGGUGUCGUUUAUUGGGAAGUAGGGCUUUGAACCCUUCUGGGUGUUAAUUUAAUUGGGUAAUUAUGGGGUUGGGGAUUAACGAUGGGGAUGAUUUAGUGGUUGAUGAUGGGGAUGGAGGGGGCGAUGAUGCCGACUGUGGAAAUGCGGGCAAGUCUUUUGGUUCGGUUUCUUGUUCGAUUUGCCUAGAGACGGUUACCGAUAAUGGGGAUCGAUCCUGGGCUAAGCUUCAAUGUGGUCACCAAUUUCAUCUGGAUUGCAUUGGUUCAGCUUUCAAUAUAAAGGGUGCAAUGCAGUGUCCUAAUUGUAGGAGAAUUGAGAAAGGUCAAUGGCUUUAUGCCAAUGGUUGCCGUUCACUUCCAGAAUUUAGCAUGGAUGACUGGGCACAUGAUGAGGACCUGUAUGAUCUGAAUUACACUGAAAUGUCAUUUGGUGUACAAUGGUGUCCAUUUGGUAGCUUAACGCGACUGCCUUCGUCUUUUGAGGAGGUUGAGCUUUCAUCAACUGCAUAUCAGGAUUUAGUGGGACAUAAUGCUAUCUUUGCUGAACAUUCAGCAGUAUCAUCUGCAUCUCAUCCAUGUCCUUAUAUAGCUUACUUGGGACCAAUCCAUCCCUCAUCCUCAAAUUCCAAUGGCAGUGUUUCAGACAGUUCAAAUUUUAACAGUUAUUGGAAUGGUCCAUCAGUACCUAGUGAGGUACCAACUUCCUAUGCUUUUCCUGCUAUGGAUUUGCAUUAUCGUAGUUGGGAUUCUACUCCUUUCUCCACAUCCAAUAGCCGGUUAGGUAAUGCCGAUCAGCCUUCAAUGCCAAGUGUCAAUCAAAGGUCAACAAGGACAAGUUCUGAUAUACCAAGAUCAGGAGCUUUUAUGCAUCCAUUUCUUGUCAGUCACAGUUCUGGCGCAAGAGCAGGAAGUUCAGUUCCUUCCGCCAUGAUCCCCCCAUACCCUGGGAGCAAUGCUCGAGCCCGUGAUAGAAUUCAAGCACUCCAAGCAUACUAUCAACAGCAACAACCUAGCAGUCCACCAGCCAUUCGCACAUCCGUUAUCUCUGGUUCCCGAAGGGCCAACAGUCAUAGAGGUAUGGGUCAAGCAGGACCAGUAGCCUCUACAUCAGACCAAGCAGGAAGGUUCUACAUCAUUCCGUCAGGUACACCGGGUCUUAACUCAGAGGCAGAAAACCCUCUGCCAGCCCGUUUUCAUGCACGGGAGAGAAAUCACUUGUCUUCAUUUUCAAUAAAUCCAGUCGAUAGAGAAUCAGGGUGGAGUUUUCAUCAAGUUGCUAGUGUUUCUGAUUCCAGCAGUGGCAUCAGAUCAAGCAGCUUCCGUCCAAGGCAUGGAUCCGAGAGGACAUCAUCACAAAAUCGAUCAUGAGCUUUCUUUCUUUAUGCCCUUUUGGUGAAGCAAACUACCGCUAUGAAUGAAACUCAAGGUUAUGUAUGCUUGAGAAAUGACAUAUAAAUGCUUCAUUCUGUCAGAUCUUGGCACUAUGAAGAUACUCUAAAAGUGGCCCCAAAAACAUUCUUUUUCGUAGCCACAGGGCGUUGUGAUGGACUUUGGUUUCCUCUGCUUUCUUUGCCUCAGAGGAUAUAAAAAUAAAAUUUCAAA